CUGACUCGAGCCAAGCAGCGCGUGCGCUCUGGAAAGCUUCUACUUGGGUGUCUUUUGUUUUUCUGGGUGUUUUUUUAAAAAGGGGGAAACGUUUAAAAAAAACAGCUGCCUUUGCCCCUGCCUUGUGGAUGAUAAUGGGAUGAUUUUCCUUUGACUCCAUUAAGCUAUCAGACUUUUCCAGAGGUGGAUUUCACUGCUUUGGAAUGUGUUUGAUGCGCAUUAACCUUUUUCGACCUAGGCAGGGCUUGCCUACACACUCUGCUGCAUUUUCUUUUCUGCCUGUGGAAUAUGUGGAAAUGUUGCCGUUUGUUUCCACGACAUGUUUAGUAAUCCGAGGCUUGAAUGAUGAAAAUCUUUUGAGAUGAAAAACAGCACUUUUGGGGAUCAUUUUUUGCUUGUGCGCGGCUCGUGCCUAAUCUCGCGCCUCAGCAGCCUGUUGUCUGUGUCCGAGGGAAAACGCACAACUUUACCACGAGCUGGAACCGGUCCUGUUGCGGGGGCUACCGCUGGUCUGUGCGGCACACCGGGGCCACAGGCAGGGGGCCAAGACGCAGACCAACGGAGCGGUCCCGGUGUUCAGCCGCUGUGUGGUUGGACCGGGCAUCCGGAGGAGCUGUGGAGCGGGGAUGAUGAAGUCGGUGGGGAUGGUGAUGAUGAGUGGCCCGGCAGCGCGACCAGGCACCAGGGUCUUGCCACUAAUAUGUUUAGUGUUGUGCGCUCUCAUCUUUCUUCCGAUUUGCGCUCACUCGCACCCGCAACCGUGCCAAGUGCUCAAACGAAUCGGCCACACGGUUCGGAUAGGAGCUCUGCACGUUCAGCCUCGCUUGCUCUCUGCUAUGGCUGUCAGCGGCUCUGAGGACUGGGGAGACGAAAGAGAGUUGACAGAAGAGCAGCAGUUGGAGUUGGAAAGACCGUUUAAAACAAGUGCCAGUGCGCCUGGGUAUGGUAGCCUUAGGACUAGAGCGUCCGUUAACAGUCAGCGUGGCGCAAACAGGAGUAAAAGCCAGGCACGCCAACGGGAGGAGAACACCUCGGCGGAAAAUCGCGUGUUCGCACCCCGAGACUCGGUUCUGCUUGCCGUCGAGGCUCUGAACCGGGCUGGGUUGCUACCCUACAAUUUAUCCUUGGAGAUUGUCAUGGCUGUUGGAUCCACACUCGGAGAACUGCCCGCGUUCUCCUUUUCCUCUACGGGCAACCCCGAAAACGAGGACCCGCUGUCCUUCGUGGAGAGUGUAUGUCACACCGUGGUUGUGCAGGGGGUUUCUGCCAUGAUCGCCUUUCCACGGAACAGGGACGAGUUCGUCAAGUUGGAAUUCGUCUCACUCGCGCUUCAGGUACCUGUAGUCAGCGUUGUGCAGAGGGAGUUCUCGCGCCACAGUAAGAAUCCUUUACAUUUCCAAAUGGCGAUGCGAACUGUGGAGGCUCCACAAUCCCAGCUGCUCUACACCCUGCUGAUGAUGAAUGGCUGGUGGGACAUCAGCAUUCUGCUCUGCCAGGAAUGGAAUAUUAGUGACUUCCUUUUCCUCAUCAAGAACAACACCCGCUUUCACCUGGGCACUCUUGUCAACCUGACAACUAUUGCCUUAACCUCUUCAGUAUCUUCAUCUGCACUAUCAACCUCGGCGGUGGCAUCAGGUAUUGCAACCUUACCCUAUUUUUCCUCUGCUGCCUCUUCUUCUUCAUCAUCCACUUCUUCUAAAUCAGACCAGCAGCAAACUCUCCUGCGACAGCUGGGGGCCCUUAGAGAACACUCAUCUACAACAGGAUUGGUGACAUUUGGGUGCGACAUUCGCGAGGUGCGACGUUUGUGGAUGCUGGUCACGCGGAUGACGCUUCCAGAGUUUCACUGGGUCUUGGGGGACAGCCAGAAUGUGGCUGAGCUGAGAACAGAAGGGUUACCCCUGGGGUUACUGGCCCAUGGGGUCAUGGGAUCCCCUUCUCUGGAUCACUACGUCCAUGACUCAUUAGAACUCGGGGCGCGUGCCGUGGGCAGUGCUGCCCAGGAUAAUCCUGCCUUGGCACUCAUACCAGGGACUACCAAUUGUAUGGAUAAACAACAGAGCAAUGGGAGCUCGGGGGAAUACUUGGCAAGAUUUGUAGCCAACACAUCAUUUGAGGGCCAGAGCGGUUUCAUAUCCAGCAACAGUCAGAGCCAGAAUGUCAUCUCAGAAGCCCAUCACUACGUCUGGUCCCUCCAGCUGGAUCCCUUAGGCCAGCCAACCUGGACCCGCCUGGGACGCUGGCGCAGGGGGAGAAUUCUGAUGGACCCAGCAGCCUGGCCAAACCAUCCAGGUUCUGGAGGAGGUGGCGAUUGGCGCCGACCUCCACGGUUGCACAUGCGAGUAGUGACACUGGUGGAGCACCCAUUUGUAUUUACCCGUGAAGUGGAUUCAGAUGGGUUAUGUCCUGCCGGGCAGCUGUGCCUGGACCCGCUUACCAAUGACUCUUCAGUUUUGGAAGGACUUUUCCAGAACCUCAGAGGAACCAAUGGAUCUGUUCCCACAGAUCUAAAGAAAUGCUGCUAUGGCUACUGCAUUGAUCUAUUGGAGAAGCUGGGGGAGGACAUGGGCUUUACUUUCGAUCUCUACAUUGUUGGUGAUGGGAAAUACGGGGGGUUUAAGAAUGGUCGUUGGACAGGAUUGGUGGGUGAUCUUCUCAGUGGUGCUGCCCACCUGGCAGUGACAUCUUUUAGCAUUAAUUCAGCUAGGAGCCAGGUGAUUGACUUCACCUCACCUUUCUUCUCCACAAGCCUAGGAAUUCUGGUGCGUACUCGUGAUACAGCCGCACCCAUUGGUGCCUUUAUGUGGCCUCUACACUGGUCCAUGUGGCUCGGCAUCUUUGUUUCCCUCCAUGUCACCGCCAUCUUCCUCACUCUGUAUGAGUGGCACAGUCCAUUUGGUAUGACGCCACGUGGACGCAACCGCGACCGAGUGUUCUCCUUCUCCUCAGCACUUAAUGUGUGCUAUGCCAUUCUCUUUGGAAGAACAGUGGCCAUCAAGCCACCAAAAUGCUGGACUGGACGUCUGCUGAUGAACCUUUGGGCCAUCUUCUGUCUAUUCUGUCUGUCCACCUAUACUGCUAACCUGGCUGCUGUAAUGGUUGGGGAGAAAACUUAUGAACAGUUGUCGGGAAUCCAUGAUCCAAAGCUGCACCAUCCCUCUCAGGGAUUCAGAUUUGCUACAGUGAGAGAAAGCAGUGCAGAGGACUACGUCAAGAAGAGUUUCCCCGAGAUGCACGAGUACAUGAGAAGAUACAAUGUCCCGGCAACGCCAGAUGGCAUACAUCAUCUCAAGGCUGACCCUCAGAAAUUGGAUGCAUUCAUCAUGGACAAAGCACUGUUGGACUAUGAGGUCUCCAUAGAUGCAGACUGUAAAACACUAACAGUAGGAAAACCUUUUGCAAUUGAAGGCUAUGGCAUUGGCCUCCCUCAGAACUCUCCACUCACUUCCAACAUCUCGGAGCUUAUUAGUCAGUACAAGUCAGAUGGCUUCAUGGACAUGCUGCAUGACAAAUGGUACAAGGUCGUUCCCUGCGGGAAGCGCAGUUUCGCUGUGACUGAGACGCUGCAGAUGGGUAUAAAGCAUUUUUCUGGUCUGUUUGUGAUGUUGUGUGUGGGCGUGGCUUUAUCUUUGCUGACCACCAUAGCGGAACACAUUGUGUACAAGCUGGUGAUCCCAAGGGUCAAGGAGCCACGCUUCAAAUACUGGCUACACACAAGCCAGAGAUUACACCGGGCCCUCAACUCAGUCUUCACAGAUGACAAACUACCGACUAUUACAAAGCCUGAAAAGAGGUGCAAUGAGGGAAACAACCAGUCUGCGCCUUGGAAUCCUGCAGAGUCGUCCUACUGCAACAGGCGAAGGAUCCUUCCACAAGAGAUGCAAAACGACCUGGAAUGCCCGUCAUCCCAGGAUCUCCCUCCUCCACCGCCCCCUUCUCCCCUCCCUCAUCCCCACUCUCUCCCUCUGCUGGAGAAACCCCUGCCUAUAGUAACUACCUCUAAUGGUCGCUCUGACCUGUUAGGAAGGGGUUUGGACCAAGGACUGGGGCCAGGGCAGGGCAGUUCUGGGCAGUGCCGUGCUUUGGGAGUGGGCGACUGCGGUCCAGGUCUGGGACGGAACCCGCUGGUUCAAGAACUGUCAGAACUGGAGAGUCAAAUCCUUGUAAUCAAGCAGCAGCUGCAGUCUGCCAUGAGGAGGAAGAGAGAGCUUGAACAGUACCAAUCAGAAAACCAGCAAGCAAACCAGACUGCACCCAGUCAGCCCACUUCACACCAGUCUAACCAGUUUGUUCAGUAUACCCAGACCCACCAGCAGAUUAAACAACAGAAAAACACAUGUCCGGAGCUGUGAAGCCAGUCCCAAUUUGUCCAGGAAAGAGAACCCUGGUUAACACACUGGACUAGUUUUCAAAACCUCAGCUGGGUCCCGGAACAAAUCCUUGCCUGAGUUCUGAAGUUAGAAGCCUCACCGAUUUCCAAUAGCAGGAUCCUCCUUAUGGCUCUGGAGCUCCCCUCAACACUGCACUGAAAUGUUCGGCAGUGAUCAGAUCCUGCUCUGCAAUUCCAAGUAGGACAUUUUCUCACUCCUGGAACAUGAGAUUGAAUUAGAUGAGAGGUGCUGGAUAAGGGCGAACCAGGGAUCUUGAACCAAAUCUGUUCUGUUGUAUCACUGAAGAGCUUUGCAAUUCCUUGCCCCUCUCAACUUCCCUUAUAUUACAAUUCUUUAACUCCUUUUCAUGCCUAUCUGGUUCUUUUACCUUUUUCCUGUUUAUUUCUUCCUUUUGUCCCUGCCAUGCCUCCCCCCCUAAAACCUCAUUUUUCCAAGGGUACAGAUUUGCUUGCUAUGACAUUAAGCCUGAUCACAGAUAUGAGGACUCUUUGGUAUUUAAGCUUAAUAGACUAAUUCACCUGAGUCUUUUAAGACUCACUGAGGAUUUCAAAUGACCUGAGGUUGAACCCAGUCAUCUCAGUCUUCAUGUUUGUGUGUCUUGCUGAAACCUUGUAUCUUUCAGCUAUUACCAUUGAUGUUUCUUGCUUUUGGUAGCAUGUUUGUAUUGAUUAGGGGUAUUUUUUCUCUAAUAAGCUUUUGAAAGGGUCGGUCGGGUGGUUAGAUGUAAUCAUUUUUUUAAAAAGAUAAAGCUUUCGCAAGACACAUUUACAUACGUAAUGAACACCAGGUUGACAUUUUAUGGUGGAUUAUAAUAAGCGUACACACAAUCUUAUUUAUGGGUCACUGUAUAAUGUCCUGCACUUCACUGAUGCACACUGAAUAAACAAAGUCACCUUAACUUGUCAGAGUUUGAGUUAGGGUAUAGAAGUAUUUCACAGUGAGAUCACAACAAUGGCAAGCUGGCAACAUAAAACCUAAAACAGGAUUAAAUUGAACAGUCUCCAGCUUUUUCCGCGGUCAGGGACCCAAAACAAAACCUUUCUGUCCAGGCUCUUGAGGUCAUACUGGUGCUCUUGUAACAUUGUGACACAAAAUACAUACUUUUCAGUUCCUCAUUUAAGCCAGCUGUUAAAUAGUAACUGUAUGAACACAGACCACUAGUUUAACUCUGACACGUUAUUAAAUGUGAUUUGCAUUCAAAAAUGAACACAACACAACAGUUCCCUCUCUGGGGCCCUGUUUCCUUGCAUCAUUUGGGUUUGGACAUGUUCUGUUAUUAAAUAUCUUCUUUGCACUUAUCUUAGUUGCUGCAUUUCUUUUUCCCCCCAGUGUCUUAAAAAUGUUCAAUUUUACAGGUCUGUAAAUGAUUUCCUGUACAAAUUAGAAAGCAGAGUGUGGCAUGCUAAGACUCUGAGGCUUGCUCCUACCUCAACCUUGGUUUUAAGUUAUUAUGCCUCCAAAACCUUGACGCUGCUCGUUGCAAAACAACUUAUUUCAAACAGGUUUUUUAGAAUCCUUAAUCUCAUUUAUAUCUGGCAGCAAAGUGGAUUUACUGCCAAGUGACUCAAAGGAAGACCAAAAGCUCAAUGAUUUUAAGAGGAUUUAAGGUAUUUCCUUGCACUUACGAGUCCCCAGCUUCAGUAAGAGAGACAAGUGUGAAUUGACACUUGAGAACAAUGGCUGACAGCCACUGCAAACCAGACUUUUUUUUGUAUUU